AUGGGAGCGCUGGGUUUCCUCUGCGUCACGGUCCUGCUGCUGGAGUCCGCCCGGAGCUAUAGAACCUGUCCGGACCUGAUCGUGGAGAGCUGCCGCUGCGCAGCGGAGAGGUCCGCGCCGCGGAGCAGGCAGCGCGUCCGCGUCGUGUGUGUGGAUGUGGAGCUGACGGACACCCUGCCGCCCAGCUUCCUGCCCAACAGGACCGUUUCUCUAAAUCUGAGCAACAACAAGAUCACUCUUCUGAGAAACAGCUCCUUCUAUGGCUUGGCUGCCCUGGAAAAGCUGGACCUGAGGAAUAAUUUGAUAAGUACCGUGGAGCCUGGAGCCUUCCGGGGCCUUCUGGCCUUGAGGAGACUGGAUCUGUCCAACAACAGGAUUGGCUGUCUCUCUCCUGAGAUGUUUGUUGGUCUGAGCAGGCUCUCAAAGCUGAAUUUAUCUGGAAACAUCUUCUCCACUCUGACUGCCCAACUCUUCACUCACCUAUCGGCUCUUAAAUAUCUGCACUUCGGCACUGAGACGCUGGUCUGUGACUGUCAGCUGAGGGGGCUCUUCCUGUGGGCCCAACACAACUCCAUCAGAGUUGGUACCGGCACGCUCUGCGCUUUCCCGACUCACCUCCACGGAUCCGAGUUUCACAGACUCCAGGAGCAGCAGCUCAGAUGUGAUGGUCCUCUGGACCUGCCUCUUUUCCAGCUCAUCCCCUCCCAGAGACAACUUGUUUUUCGUGGUGACCGGCUCCCUCUGCAGUGCACGGCCUCCUACCUUGACUCGUCAGUAGAGCUGCGAUGGCAUCACAACGGCCAUCCUGUGGCCACGCAGGAAGACAUGAGCAUCUUUGUGGAGGAGACCCUGCUGCAUGACUGCUGUCUGCUCACCAGUGAGGUGAUCUUGUCCAACAUUAACACGGGCAUCGCGGGCAGCUGGGAGUGUCUGGUGACCAGUUCCAGAGGAAACACCUCCAGAAUAAUGGAGAUUGUUGUCGUGGAGACGCCAGCUACCUACUGCCCAGCAGACAGAGUCAGUAACAACAAGGGGGACUACAGGUGAGCCUCUUCACACCUG